AGAGAGAGGAAGAGGAAGAGGAGAAAGUCACGAGCUGGUCAGGUGUCAAACCGGUUCCGGAACCGCCUGAUUUCAUACAACUUCAUACAACAUUUUGCUCGUCUACCUUUUCGUCUCUCUUUCUUAUCCUCCUUCUACUUUGGAUUCGAGUUUCUUCUUGUCAACAUUGACAAUUGAUUCUUCCAUUCAGGAUAAACGACAUUGUCGCCAAGACUCUUCCUGAUCUACUUUCAUGGUGGACCCACGUUCUGGCCAGCCAUGGGUCCACUGACUGGAUGCGGCCGCUUCUUUUGACUGGAUAAUGCAAUUGACAUUAUCAUAUCAUUCACUUAAUUGGCUUUCCAUCUAGAUGGAACCAACGCCUAGAUAAUAAUUACUGGGGACAGAGUCUUGGACUCCCCACAAUGGAAUGAGCGCGGAGUAUUUAGAGGUUCGCUGGCCCUGCAUCUCUCAGACUCUAUUACAUCCGACCACAGUCUGAGCAUGGCAGGUGGCUUUCUCCCUUAUCACGAGCCCGGAGUCGUUGAGAUCUUGAUUAUCAUAUCGUUCUUUUUCUUCCUUUCCCUCGCAAAAUGGGUGUCCGCCAAAAUCAUACAGGCCGGAAUCAUCGGCCAAAUCGCCGUGGGCAUUAUCUAUGGUGUGCCCCUGGCAAACAUCCUUGAGCAUACCUGGCAGGAGACCUUUCUCGUGCUGGGAUACGUCGGGUUGAUUUUGAUUAUUUUCGAAGGUGGAUUGUCCGCCCGAUUGGAUUUGCUCAAGCAGAAUUUCUGGUUGAGUAUGAUUGGGGCUGCAACCGGCGUGUGCUUUCCCAUUGGCCUGUCAUAUCUGCUCCUCUAUCUGGGUUUCGGCUAUGGCGCUGUGGAAACAUUCAUCAUCGGGGCUGCCCUAUCGGCGACUUCCUUAGGCACGACGUUUGCUGUCCUUGCUUCCGCAUCUACCACGGUCAAUCUCUCCCAGACUCGAGUGGGUUCCGUACUUGUCAGCGCGGCCGUCAUUGACGAUGUGGUCGGUCUUGUUAUGUCAAGUGUAAUUGGCCGCCUAGGCGAGCUUUCAAAAUCAGAAGAUGUCAACCUGGGCUGGCUUAUUGGGCGUCCGAUAGUGGCCUCAGUGGCCAUGGCAGUAGCGACGCCCAUCCUCACCAAAUACUGCUUUGCGCCUUUCUUCCGCCGAUACAUCGAAUACCACUUCGCACGCUUCGACCACAUCUCCAACAUCAUCCUCAUGGUGUUGGUCUUGUCGGCCUUUGUCAGUAUUUCCGGAUAUGCGGGGACAUCUGUCUUGUUCGGGUCGUUCCUUGCCGGCACGUUCAUAUCCUACCUGCCGAGCAAGCACCCCGAGGGGCCGUUCGUCGUCAUGUCGCGCGAGGAAGGUGAACGAGAAAUAGAUAAGAGCCCCACCUUUGUGCACACCUUUGAGGUAUACCUCCUUGGAGUGCAGCAAUACUUGAUGGAGCCUCUGUUCUUUGCCAGCAUUGGGUUCGCGAUUCCGUUUGUUCAGCUGUGGACAGGCAAGCGGAUUUGGCGGGGGAUAGUAUUCACUCUUUUGAUGGCAUUUGCCAAGUUUAUCGUCGGUGUCUGGAUCAUUCUAUGGAAACUCUACUACGGGUCCAAGGCCCACAAAGACGAAGAAUCCCCCAGCAAAACCGAACGAUCCGAAGGCGUCGAAGCUGAGAAACCUCCCGACCACGUCCAGCAGGGUUCAGACUGGAGCCUAACAUCCAAAACCGCAUUACUCCUCGGCUCCGCGAUGGUCGCACGCGGUGAAAUCGGCCUGCUCAUCAUCGAGAUCGGAAUCAACGAGACCCCGUACGUGAGCGAAGAAGGCUUUAUAACGGGGGUGUGGGCUAUUCUUUUGAAUACGAUCAUCGGCCCGGUUGGCGUUGGGCUUCUGGUGCGGUUCUACGGCAAGGAGAUCGCGGCCGGUAAGGACUGGGGAACGCAGGAGGAUCCUCUCGUGGCUGCCCGCUCGGCGGCGGAUGCGCAUGGGGCUGUAUAACCCGGGGGGGUGGAUACCGGGGUUUAUUUAAUCUGUGGGUUCAAUAAUUCCUCUGUAUUCACCGAUGAGUAUUUUUGUGUACUCUAUAGAUUGCUAGAAGGUUACUUUGUAUGUAUAUCUGUUCAGAGCUACA